GACCGUUCGUGCGCAUGCGUGAAUGUAUCGCCUUCAGUCGUUCCGCGGGCCCUUAAGUCUGUUCCUGUGGCGCCAGGCGUUGUAUCCGACCGUGGAUUGUAAACGUGGUCACUGGUCUUUCAUGUUUUGCUGACCUCUGCUCCGUGGGUUGGCGCUCCUGCGCAGGCGUGUGAGUGGGCGGAAGUGAUGUGGUGGUGUCGGUGGCAGCGCUCGAGCGGCUUCCUGUGGGCGCUUUGUCUUAGUUUGUAACAAAGUAUCGAAGUGAGUGGAUACAGAUCAGGGAAUUCUUACGAUGGCUGACUUCAAUAAUAUGAAUGCAGAUUUCUUCCAAUCAAGUUAUAGUAUUGAUGAUCAAGGGCAAACAUCUUAUGACUAUAAUGCUGCAGGAGAUCCUUAUCAAAGCAGGCAGUAUGACAGUCAGACUCAGCAGCCUGGAUAUUUUUAUCCAACAGGGUCACAACAGCCAUACACAGGACAGAUCUAUCAACCUACACCAACCUUCACUCCCAGCUCUCCACAGUCAGUUUAUGGCAACAGUUUUGAGGACGAAGCACCAUUAUUAGAAGAAUUAGGAAUUAAUUUUGACCACAUCUGGCAGAAAACAUUGACUGUCCUCCAUCCACUGAAAGCAGCAGAUGGAACAAUUAUGAAUGAAACUGACCUGGCUGGGCCCAUGGUGUUCUGCUUGGCAUUUGGAGCCACAUUAUUACUGGUUGGUAAAAUCCAGUUUGGCUAUGUGUAUGGGAUCAGUGCUAUUGGAUGCCUUGGUAUGUACUGUUUGUUGAACUUGAUGAGUAUGACCGGAGUGUCCUUUGGUUGUGUGGCCAGCGUUCUUGGAUAUUGCCUGCUUCCAAUGAUUAUCCUUUCAAGCUUUGCUGUGAUUUUCUCUUUGCAAGGCAUGCUGGGUGUAAUUAUUGCUGCUGUAAUUAUUGGCUGGUGCAGUUUGUCAGCUUCUAAGAUCUUCAUCUCUGCCUUGGCUAUGGAGGGACAGCAGUUACUUGUGGCAUAUCCUUGUGCUUUGUUAUAUGGAGUUUUUGCCCUUAUCUCAGUUUUCUAAAUGUUUUUGUGAAUGGCACAUGGUUCCAUGUUCUGAACUCAAGAAAAGAAACGGAUGCAAGUCUCAAGUAUCAUUCAAGUGGUUUAAGAACUUUCCAGAUGCCUGCCAACAAAGUGGUUGAAACUCUUGAUUCCAAGUUUCUGGGGAACAAUUGGACAGAUAUUUUGUGUUCUUAAAUUCCAGCUUUAAAUGCUGUAGUAAGAAACCCAGAUUGAGGGUGUCAUGAGCACAGAUUGCUAAUUCGAAUGUUUUGUCUUUGCUUUCAACAAAAUGGGUUUCACUGUCAGGGAUUAAAAUGUAUCAAAUGAUUUUUCCUUUAUCCUGUAAAACAGUUUCAUUAUAAAAUUUUGAUGAAAUUACCACAGGUUCAGACAUACAAUUUACAUUUAUUGUAAGCUGGGUUGUUGGGAUCGCUGGAAAGUAUUCCUUCGCGAGCAGUGUAAAUAGAGAAAUAUUCAGUACUCUGAUAUUUAUAUCUGUAACAAGAACUGAGUGCAAUACCAAAAAGCAAAAUUCAAUAUUUAAAUCAAAAUUCUAUAUCCAUCAGUUCCUUUUGGUCAAUGGGCCACAAUAAAUUUUUCUUGAGAGAAAGAAGUUCAAAUACUGGAGAAAAAGAGGAGUUAGAACUCGUGCUGUACAUGAAGACAUUGUCAAAAUGAGAUCCCAUUGUGAAGAGAGUAACUAAAUGUCUUGCUUUACAGUGUAGUUACAAUUUGGAAAUUUGUCAUUAUUUUACAGUGUUUAUCUGGCCCAUGGAAAUAAAUAAUCAUUCCAGUUUCAAUCUUCAAAUUUCAGAUAGUUUAGGUUUUUUUUUAAAUUGUCUGUUUAUUUUGUUUCUAUUGUUUAAGCAUCUUGCCUAAUCAGUACAUUUGUAAUAAAUUGGUUAAUCUGUCAUUCAACACAUGGUAGUGCUGUUAUUUUACCAGCAACUUGGUGGAAUCCUUUGCUGCACUGGGCAAUAGAAUUCCCUUUGGAAGUACUAAGGCUAUCUUAUUUUAUUACCGCUGUACUAAUAAUAAAGGCAGCAUGUCUAUUAACCAUAAAUUAUUGUUCAAUAUCUAGCAUUAACACUUUUAGAUUCUUUAUAAAGUUAGGAGCAAAGCUUUUAUUCUUACGCGUGCAGGCAUGAGGUUCAUUGUUACUUUGUGUAUUAUGUUUGAUAAAAGGAAUAUGUACUACAAAACUUAUUACUACUAAUUGCUGUAAUUGUAGAACAGUGAAUGUUUUCAUUGCAAGUUUUAAACUUCGACUAUUUUGAACAGAUUCCAAAAACAGGAAGCCAAAUUUAUUGCACAGAACUGAAAUAUAAACCCUGUUCAUGAUCAAGACUUCAUUCUGCCCCGGUGAACUUAACGAAAUGUUGCAAUUGAUAAUUUGAUGUAUGUAUAAUUAGAGUGCACAAGAAGGCAAUUUGUCCAUUGAUAUGUUAACAGCAACUUAGAAAUCGAUGACAAAGCUCAUGCAGACUGUUUCCAACUUGUUGGUGAUGUAGUUUACCAUCUGAUUCAGGGUUGUCUCUGAAAUCUGUAAACCAGUACAAAGCAAUUUUGCCAGAGACAUAUAAUUAUCCACUACUUUGUAUUGCAAUUCCCAAUCUUGGUUGGCUUUAACAGGUAAAAUGCUUUUUGUUUAAACCUAUAGCGGCUUCAACUUAAUUAGCAUGACUGUGAUUGUCUCAGAACAUAGACCUUGCCUGUUUUGGUUUUUAUACAAAUCUUUAAACUGAUUUGUAGUUCUUGGCUGUUACAUGAUGCUCUUCCACGAUAUCUGCCUGUUGACAUUCACCAUCUGUGCUCAUGCAUUGAUAAAAGACCAUUUGAGUAAGAUGCUCCAUGGCAAUGUGCACCUGUGGAAUUUUACACCAUAAAUCAAUUGUCAAAACUAAGUACCAGGCUUUUCUGCAGUGGCCAGUGAACUCAGAAUAGAUAUGUAGGUAUGUAAGGCAGUCCCUUUUUAAAAUUUUGAAUGCUUCACUUUAAAAAUAAUCAGCAGCUCAGUUUUGUUUUAAAUAAAGUUCAAGGUUAGUUUAUUAUGCAACUGUUCCUCAGUUAUUUCUGUAAAUUAGUUACUAGCUAAUAAUUAUCUGCAAAUUUUAAGGUAAUGAUAAAAGUUAUGAGAAAUGAGGUCAGUUUGCAAGUGGUAAAACGAAACUUUUCAACAAAGGGAUACUCUGGCUGCAACCUAGAACAUCUUGAAGACAUUAAGAUAAUGGGGUUCUGAUAAUUGAAUUUGAAGACUCUAGCUUAAGGCUGCCAAAGUUUAGGAACUACUUGUGGGAGAAGAAGAAGCAUUAAAUUCCAUUGCAAUGGACACAAUCGGUUGAAUAAUUCAAAACUGAACAGUUCUGUCCUAUGAACACAGCGGCA